AUGUCUACCAGUCGAGGUGUAAUCCACACCCUUGUGGAAUUGAUCCGCAAAACUAUAAAUCGGGAUCCUCUUUUCUUUGUCAACUCCGGACUUUUUGUGGUCGGUCUGAUCACUUCCCUGCGCUCUGCUGGGCACGUACUAUACAACUAUGCAGAAAACAUAUGCCUCUCAACAGUACACGUAAGAGCAGAGGAUCCCCUUUACAAUGAUAUCAUCCGCUGGAUGAAUGACCAUGUAUUUCGAAAUCGCAACUUUCUCUCCGUCCUGGCACAAACAACCAACAAUUCCGACUCCGACAAGACUCUAAUCCGGUCUCCGCCGCUGGAUUCCGACAAGCUGAUCAGCUACCGACAGGUAGAAGACAAUUCAAUUUUGGAAUUGAAGCCCUUCCACGGAUCCCGUUUCUUCCGCUUCAAGCAGACAUGGAUGCUUUUUAGCCAUGCAGCGAGUAGUCCUGACAGUAUCCGUCCUCCGCAAUUGGAUAUGAACACCCCCUUGAAACUGCAGUGUCUCAGUCUGUCACUUUCACCGAUGAAAAAAUUCCUGGACGAAGUUCGCGCCUACAGUCGUACAGUUUCGGUGUCUAGUAUCACUAUUUACCGCACGACGGCUUAUUCCCAAGGCAUCAUCCGUUGGAGUUCCGUUGCUUCACGUCCAUCCAGAGAUAUUUCUACUGUUAUUCUUGAUAAGCACAAGAAACAGGCUCUUUUACGAGAUAUCAACGAGUACCUCCAUCCACAUACGAGGCAAUGGUAUGCCAACCACGGCAUCCCGUAUCGGCGUGGAUAUCUGUUUUCCGGGCCUCCGGGAACAGGCAAGACGAGCCUCGCUUCUGCAAUUGCAGGCGUCUUCGGUCUGGACAUAUAUGUCUUGAGCUUGCUCGAUCCAACAAUGACAGAAUCGCACUUCACCAGUCUGUUUUCCGAGGUGCCUGCGCGGUGUGUGGUGCUGUUGGAGGAUGUCGAUGCCGCAGGGCUGAACAGAGAUGACUCCGAUUCCGGUCAAAAUUCCACUUCAAGAUCGCCGAGCAAAACACCAAACACAUCUGUUUCUCUAUCUGGGUUGCUCAAUGCCAUUGAUGGGGUCUCGUCUCAUGAGGGCCGCAUAUUGAUUAUGACGACGAAUGCGCCGCAGCAGUUGGAUCGCGCGCUGAUUCGACCUGGUCGUGUGGAUAUUCAUGUUCGCUUUGAGCUCCCUUCGCAAGAGGAGCUGCGGGAUCUCUUUUUAAGCUUGUAUAGUGACAUGUACCAGAAUGUGGACUUUUCGUUGGGAGAGCAAAAGAGGGAGAUGACAAGGAUGAACGAGAUGGCAGUACAUUUUGCGGGGUGUCUACCCGAGAGGCAGUUUAGUCUUGCGGAGAUACAGGGCUUCCUUCUGCAAUAUAAACGCCAGCCGGAAGGGGCUUGUGACAAUGUUAGAAGUUGGGUGGAGGAGAUGGAAUAUGGAGAAAUGCAGGAAGGAGUCGCCGUUGGAAGGAUUUAA